AUGUCACUUGGACGUCAAGCAUGGCUAGAAGCAAGGGAAACAUUACAAUCAAUUCUGUCUGAUACUAAUUCUGUUCUGAGGGACGAUGAUAAUUUGAGGAAACUUGCUUUCGUUAACAGAAGCAAGGCUACAAUGCAUUUACCUGCAAAUAUAGGUGACUACACAGAUUUUUAUUCUUCUAUUCAUCAUGCAACAAAUGUUGGUAUAAUGUUUAGAGGAAAGGAUAAUGCUCUGCUUGAAAAUUGGUAG